AUGUCUCCAUACUCCCCGACACAGAGUCUGUCACAUCACAUCCUCCCUACAUGUCUCCAUACUCCCCGACACAGAGUCUGUCACAUCACAUCCUCCCUACAUGUCUCCAUACUCCCCGCCACAGAGUCUGUCACAUCACAUCCUGCCUACAUGUCUCCAUACUCCCCGACACAGAGUCUGUCACAUCACAUCCUCCCUACAUGUCUCCAUACUCCCCGCCACAGAGUCUGUCACAUCACAUCCUCCCUACAUGUCUCCAUACUCCCCGCCACAGAGUCUGUCACAUCACAUCCUCCCUACAUGUCUCCAUACUCCCCGCCACAGAGUCUGUCACAUCACAUCCCCCCUACAUGUCUCCAUACUCCCCGACACAGAGUCUGUCACAUCACAUCCUCCCUACAUGUCUCCAUACUCCCCGACACAGAGUCUGUCACAUCACAUCCUCCCUACAUGUCUCCAUACUCCCCGCCACAGAGUCUGUCACAUCACAUCCUCCCCACAUGUCUCAAUACUCCCCGCCACAGAACCUGUCACAUCACAUCCUCCCUACAUGUCUCCAUACUCCCCGACACAGAGUCUGUCACAUCACAUCCUCCCCACAUGUCUCCAUACUCCCCGACACAGAGCCUGUCACAUCACAUCCUCCCUACAUGUCUCCAUACUCCCCGACACAGAGCCUGUCACAUCACAUCCUCCCCACAUGUCUCCAUACUCCCCGACACAGAGCCUAUCAGAUCACAUCCUCCUAACAUGUCUCCAUACUCCCCGACACAGAGCCUGUCACAUCACAUCCUCCCAACAUGUCUCCAUACUCCCCGACACAGAGCCUGUCACCUCACAUCCUCCCCACAUGUCUCCAUACUCCCCGACACAGAGCCUGUCACAUCACAUCCCCCCUACAUGUUUCCAUACUCCCCGACACAGAGUCUGUCACAUCACAUCCCCCCUACAUGUCACAAUACUCCCCGCCACAGAGUCUGUCACAUCACAUCCUCCCCACAUGUCUCCAUACUCCCCGACACAGAGCCUUUCACAUCACAUCCUCCCCACAUGUCUCCAUACUCCCCGACACAAAACCUGUCACAUCACAUCCUCCCCACAUGUCUCCAUACUCCCCGACACAGAGCCUGUCACAUCACAUCCUCCCUACAUGUCUCCAUACUCCCCGACACAGAGUCUGUCAUAGCACAUCCUCCUAACAUGUCUACAUACUCCCCGACACAGAGCCUGUCACAUCACAUCCUCCCCACAUGUCACCGUACUCCCCGACACAGAGCCUGUCACAUCACAUCCUCCCUACAUGUCACCAUACUCUCCGACACAGAGUGUGUCACAUCACAUCCUGCCCACAUGUCUCCAUACUCCCCAAGUCAGAGCCUGUCACAUCACAUCCUCCCCACAUGUCUCCAUACUCCCCGACACAGAGCCUGUCACAUCACAUCCUCCCUCCAUGUCUCCAUACUCCCCGACACAGAGCCUAUCACAUCACAUCCUCCCUCCAUGUCUCCAUACUCCCCAAGUCAGAGCCUCUCUCAUCUCAUCCUCCCUACAUGUCUCCAUACUCCCCGACACAGAAUCUGUCACAUCACAUCCCCCCUACAUGUUUCCAUACUCCCCGACACAGAGUCUGUCACAUCACAUCCCCCCUACAUGUCACAAUACUCCCCGCCACAGAGUCUGUCACAUCACAUCCUCCCUACAUGUCUCCAUACUCCCCGACACAGAGCCUUUCACAUCACAUCCUCCCCACAUGUCUCCAUACUCCCCGACACAAAACCUGUCACAUCACAUCCUCCCCACAUGUCUCCAUACUCCCCGACACUGAGCCUGUCACAUCACAUCCUGCCUACAUGUCUCCAUACUCCCCGACACAGAGUCUGUCAUAGCACAUCCUCCUAA